AUGGUAGUGGUGGCAGCGGUGGUAGUGGUGCUAGGGGGUGGUGGUGGUAGUGGUGGAGGUGGUGAUCGAGGAGAUGGUGGUGGUGGUAGUGGUGGAGGUGGUGAUCGAGGAGAUGGUGGUGGUGGUAGUGGUGGAGGUGGUGAUCGAGGAGAUGGUGGUGGUGGUAGUGGUGGAGGUGGUGAUCGAGGAGAUGGUGGUGGUGGUAGUGGUGGAGGUGGUGAUCGAGGAGAUGGUGGUGGUGGUAGUGGUGGAGGUGGUGAUCGAGGAGAUGGUGGUGGUGGUAGUGGUGGAGGUGGUGAUCGAGGAGAUGGUGGUGGUGGUAGUGGUGGAGGUGGUGAUCGAGGAGAUGGUGGUGGUGGUAGUGGUGGAGGUGGUGAUCGAGGAGAUGGUGGUGGUGGUAGUGGUGGAGGUGGUGAUCGAGGAGAUGGUGGUGGUGGUAGUGGUGGUGGUGGUGGUGGAGGUAGUGGUGAUGUCGAUGUUGGGGGUGGUGGUGGUAGUAGCGGGGUGGUGGUGAGAUUGUGGUAG